AUAUACGCUUAUGUCAUGAACCGGAAGCGGAAGUAGAAGCGGAAGUGCAUGACGGCGCCGCAGUGUUGUUGUAUUUUUGCUGCAGAGGAAUCAGAUUAAACCUGCAGGUUGAUGUCUUUUGGUGAAACUCAGAGCAGCGGGCGGCGUAGUAAAUGGGACCAGGCUGCUCCAUCCUCUGGUGCUCUUGAUGCUGCUGCUGCUGUUGCUGCCAAAAUCAACGCUAUGCUGGUGGCUAAAGGCAAACUGAACCCAGCACAGAUCAACACACACACACCCGGGGACACGGCUGCAUGUGGAGCGGCUAAGAGUGCAGUGAAAACGAGGGAUGACCUGGUGGUGGCUGAGGUGGAGAUAAACGAUGUGCCGCUCACUUGCAGGAAUCUGCUGACCCGAGGACAGACACAGGAUGAGAUCAGCAGGGUGAGUGGGGCUGCCGUGUCCACAAGGGGGCGCUACAUGACUGCAGAGGAGAAGGCAAAAGCUCUGCCCAGCGACCGUCCACUCUACCUCCAUGUUCAAGGCCAAACCAGAGAGCUUGUGGACAAGGCUGUAAACAGGAUUAAGGAACUCAUCACUAAUGGAGUGGUUAAAGCAGCAGUGUCUCAGCCCCCUCCCUCUAUACUGCCUCCCACAGGACCCAAACCUCACUGCACUGGGGUGAAGGUGUUUGUGGGAUUGGAUCAUGCACUUGCUGGCUUCUCCGUGAAGGAAAGGGUGGAGGGACCAAACUGUUCUUACCUACAACACAUCCAGAAUGAAACUGGGGCCAAGCUUUUUCUGCGGGGUCAAAGGUCAGGCUGCAUUGAGCCAGCAUCUGGGAGAGAGGCCUUCGAGCCUAUGCACAUCUAUAUCAGUCACCCCAAGCCAGAGGGUAUCACUGCUGCUAAAACAUUGUGUGAAAACCUGCUGCAGACGGUACAUGCAGAGUAUUCUCGCUACCUGAGUGAGAUGAGUGCAGUGAUGCCCACACAAGGUUUCCUUCCUCCACCUGGUGUAAAUGGUCUGCCCCAUUAUUACCCCCCUACUGUGCUCCCGGCAGCCCCAGUACCCACUCUUUACCCCCUUCCCCCUCCAACAGUAGUGCCCACUGCAGCACCAGAGCCCACAGUGCCCCCUACUGCCCCGUACCACAUCACACACCCACUAACGGCUAAUCUCACACAGCCCCUCACACCUGCAGUGUACCCAGUUGUGGCUCCUCCCCAACAUACUGCUCCAUCCCCAGUCAAACCUGAGGCUCAGCCUACCUCCAAACCUGUGUCUCAGACCAAAUCUAUGGCUCCGACCCCUGCCCAGAAACGACGCUUCACCGAGGAAGUGCCUGAGGAGAGUGAUGAUGGCCUGCUGGGAUACCAGCAUGGACCCAUUCAUGUGACUAAUUUAGGUUCAGGCUUCUCAGUGGGCAGCCCCGAGACUGAAGGACCUCAACAAAACAUUUCUGCUACCUGUGGGGAGAGACAGGAGAGAGACAGUAGGCAGAUGAUGCCGCCUCUACCCCUACCACUGAGCAGUGGAAUGAGAGAGCAGAAGAAUGAGGAGCGACUGCAUGGCUCCCUGGCUCCUCAGAUUAAGCGCAUCAGGACGGGGUUGGUAUCGUACUCUGGUGAUUCUUCUGAUGAAGAGGAGGAACUUGUAUCUCAGAAAGUGGGUGAAGCCAAUGUGGUUAGCUCCUCCCCUUCAACAUGGACUGCUGGGCCCUUCAGAUGCCCUGCCCCUUCUCAGCCACACCCCAAAACACAGACAACACAGUCAAUGCCUUUCUGGAUGGCGCCAUGAAAGGGAGGUGUUACACACACACACAUACACACACACACACACACAGCCUUUGUGUGACGAGAAUUCCCUGGGCUGGAGCUUAUUUUUCAUCAGCCAGUUGUGUGCUGGCACUAGCCAGCUAACUUGUUUGCGAUUGGUUGAUCAAAUGUAAUAAAUGUAUUUCCGCUUUUGUUGACACAGACCUCUGACCCAUGGCAACAUCAGUACACUACACUUUCGUUCCUCUCUGCCCUUAAGCUUGCAUUGAGUAGGGUAAACUGAUUUAUUGAUGUGACAGAAAAUGAUGUACAGGUGUAAUGUAAUAAA